AUGAUGCCUGCACUGACCGGUUCGGACCGUGACCUGUUUGUGGCCUGUGGUGCCGGUAACCUCGACCUGGUCAAGCGGCUGGUGGCCAUGGGCGGUGACGUGCGGUCGUUUGACGCCAAGGGCGCGACCGCGCUCCACUGGGCGGCGCUUAACAACCAGACAGCCGUGGUGCGGUAUCUGCUGGCCGAGGGUGCGGAUCCAAAUGCGCCCAACUCGGUCUCGCUUCAGACGCCGCUCCACUGGGCCGCUAUCCACGGCUACAUGGACACGGUCAAGAUCCUGCUCGAUGAGGGCAAGGCCGACCUGGCCAAGUCGGACGCGCAGGGCUUCAACGCCCUUCACCACGCCGUGCAGUACGGGCAGACGCUCUGCGCCCACUUUCUCAUCGAGCGUGGGCUCGACGUUGACUCGCGCGACGACGCCCAGCACACGCCGCUCCUCUGGGCUGCCUACCGUGGGCACGCCGAGACCGCCCAGUAUCUGCUCUCGCGCGGCGCCUCCAUCCAUGCCCAGGACGAGACUGGAUGCUCGGCGCUGCACUGGACCGCGCUCAAGAACCAUCUCGAGGUGGCCAAAAUUCUCGUCAAGGCUGGUGCCUCGCUCGAGCUCCGCGACGACUCGGACUGCACGCCCGAGGCGUGCGCUGUGGAGAAAAACCACACCACCCUCGCACAGUACCUCAACUGGGUCCGGGUUGCCGGCUCGGCCGACUCGGCCGACGCCCUCAUCGCCUCUUCAUCCAAGACCGACAAGGCCGUGGUCUACGGCACCUUUGCCGCCCUCUUCCCAGCGCUCGGUGCUCUCCUCGGCUGGUUUUCGCUCCUCUCCGCGCUCGUGGUCUGCUUCCCACUCGUCGGCGGUCUCGUCUACCUGCUCCGCUCGCGGCUGACCACCGACAAUCAGGACUUUGCCUACCUCGGCAUCCUGCACUCGUCAGUCCUUGUCGGCUACUCGCUCUGGGUCCGGGUUGUCCUGCCGCUGGCGGCGCCGUCGAUCUUCUCCUCAAUCGCCAUCCUUGUCCUCACCAUUGUUGCCGGCACCGCGUACUGGCGGCUGGUGCGAUCGGAUCCGGGCUUUACUGCCGUUGCCGAGGACUUUGACUCGAUGCUCGACGACGCCGCCGCUGGGCGGUCGUCGGGCGCCUUUUGCCGGCACUGCAAGACCCGCAAGCCGUUGCGCUCGGAGCACUGCCUCAAGUGCAAGCGGUGUGUCUCCAAGUACUCGCACCACUGCCCGUGGGCAAACAACUGUGUCGGCGGCGGGAACCAAGGCGCGUCGCUCGCCUGCCUCCUCGCCGCCACCCUGCUCAUGUAUCUGUUCGAGGCCCAGACGCUGGUGGCGGUGACCAACUCGGCGCGUGGGCUCUCGAUGUGGAACGUCUUUGGCCUCAUCACCCACAUGUACGCCCUCUCACCCUCGCUCUUUCUCGUCUUUGCUUGGGGCGUCAUCAACACGCUCUGGAUGACUCGCCUCUCGUACUCGACGCUCCUCUACCUGCGGACAGGGCUCACCAUCCACGAGAACCUCACCCGCAAGGCGUAUCUCUACGCCGGUCCCGGGCGGUCGUACGCCAACCCGUUUGAUGGCGGCUCAAUGCUCAACAUCAAGCGGUUCUUUGGCCUCGCGCCUGAGCCGUACGACUGGAGCUCGCUCUACACCCUGCCAGGCUCGGAGCACAGCGCGACCGAGCGCUCAGGCUCGGGCUCUAUGAUGGCUUGACCCUUAGCGGCACAGUCGUUCGGGUGCGUUGUUACGCGCCUCAAAGUGAACAACACAGUACACAUUAGACAG